AUGUUCCGAAAAACGAAAACCCGCAGUAAUCUUCGUCAGCGAGUACUAUCGGACAUUGAUGAUGAUGAUGAUGGUGGUGCUGGUGAAAGUGGUGGCGCUGGUUCCGGAGUAUCAGUAGCAUCGACAAUCAAGGGAACAUUGGUCAGUGAAACGGUCAAACAGCAGCAACAGCAACAUGCGGAAAAGGUGAAUAAAGCAGAAGGGAACCAGGAACUACAGGCUGGUGUGGUAACAGAGGAGCACCACUUGCUCAGUUUUGAUAAUUUUGAAGGUGAUGACAUAACGGACUUCAAAAUUAAACGUAAAGAUCCUAAUAAACGUUUGGAUAAGUUAACAAAAAGAGCUAAAUUGCGACAGAAGGUUAACGAUGAAAUUAUGGAGCAGGAAACCAGAGUAGUUGUCAAACAAAUUAAGAAAGAAGUGAAAACGGAUGAACCAUCAACCAAGAAUACUCGCAGCAGUCAACAAUGCAAAAUGAAGGAUGAAUCCGAACAAGAGGGAACAAAUGUGGAGCAGGAUUCGGUCAUAAGAAAUAAAUUUCCGUCUGCAUUUCGAGGAGAAAUUCCUGAUGCAAAGACUGUUUAUGAAGCGCGGAAGAAACGAGAAAAAAUGCGUUUAGUCGGUUCUAAUGGACAAAUCCCACUGGAUGAUGUACAACGGUUGAAGGAUAAAUCCGUGGCACGAUCACGAUUAAUACGUGAAGAUGAAAACGAUCUAAGUGAUGAAGACCCAGAAGGUGGAAGGUUUUAUUCAUUAAAAGGUUUAGCAGCCGAUGAUGAUGAACGACGUCGAAAUGAGCAUAUGGAUUUUCUCGCGCAUGAAGGAGGAGCGAGUGAUGAAGAUCACGAGCAAUCGGAUGAGGAAGUAACACGGUGGGAAAGAGAACAAAUGAAGAAAGGAGUAUCAUCGCAUAAGGUGGAAAUGUUGGAACGUGAACGUGCAAAAAUGGAAGCAGUGAUGAAAGCCAUAAGAAGCAGUAUGGAAUUGCCACCCGAAAAUCGCGAACAGUUGCCCAUGGAAAUGGAUAUAGAUUUUUCCGAAACUGAUAUGCUUUCAGUGGCACAGGCUGGACGAUUAUCUGGCCAGACGACAGCUGUGUCGCUGAAGGAAGUUCUUUCGAAAUUGCAGCAGCGCAAAAAAGAUGGAAAGGAAUCAGUAAAUGCUCGUAAAGCAGAGUUUGAAAAGACAAACAUGCAGAUUCGAGAAAAUAAAGAAAUGAUUGGCAAGCUUGAGAUGGAAGAACCGCGGAUCAGAGAACGCUUCCAAGUUUAUCAGGAUAUGCGAGCAUACGCCAGGGACUUGUUGGAAUGUUUGUCAGAAAAAAUAGGCGAAGUUAAGGACUUGGAAAAUCGAGUGGCAGAAAUUUUAGAUGGAAGGGCUCGAAGACUUCGAACACGAAGAAGAAACGAUGUGCAUGAUAUGUAUGAUGAAUGCUCGGCAGCUGCCGCCGGUCGACCAUUGCAUCAACGAGCCCCCGAAAUCACCCAAAGGGCAGCCGAACGAGAAGCGAGAAGGUCUCGCCGUCGUCGUAUGCGUGAAAAUACUUUAGAAGGUGUUUCACAUGAAGAAGGCUUGAGUACAGAUGAUGAAGAGACAAAUAGUGAGAUUGUGGCGCGCCAACAAUCGAUCGAUGAGAUCCGUGCAGCGGCUAAUGUUGUAUUCGUUGAUGCACUUGAUGAUUUUUGUCGUAUUGAUCGGAUUCUAUCAAGAUUUGUUGACUGGCUAGCACAUGAUGAGGAGUCCUUUACGAACGCUUAUAUUCAUCUCUGCAUUCCAAAACUUAUAUCAUUGUUUAUUCGUUUGGAACUAAUUGAUUGGGAACCGCUUGAGAAUGAUAGUCGUCCGGUGAAUUCGAUGCGCUGGUACGAAGAUUUAAUAACAUGUGCCGCAACAAGCUCGAACAUUAGCGUUGAACACCCCGUUGUUGUUUCACUUGUACCUCUCUGCAUUGAGAGAGUUGUUUUAUGGAAAAUUACAGAUCUGAUUCGUGAGCGUUGGGACCCUCUAUCGCAACACCAGUGUCGAAAUCUGGGUUUUUUGCUCAGUCAUCUGAUUGAUGAAUGUCCAACGCUGGUACCAAGUAGUCGGCCAGUGCAAAAACUUCUGCAAACUAUAUGUCUGCGAGCUCAAGAUGCUAUUGAUGAAGAUUUAUUUGUUCCCAUUUAUUCGAAACAAGCUAUUGAAAAUCUUGCUACGGGUUGCAAGGCAUUCUUGGAUCGACAGACUUGGACAUCUGUUAAGCUCAUCCGUUGCCUGAGCUGUCUCUCUGCUAUUUUAUCCGAGGAAAAAAUGCACGAGUUGGUUUUGGACGGUAUCAUAAACCGAAUGAUGCCCGCAUUACAAUGCGCAAUAAUAUCUGAUCAAUCUAUGAUUCGGAAAUGCCGAGCUUUGAUGAAGUUAGUCCCAGCAGCGUGGAGGGAAGAUAGCACACGCAUUGCUCUACGAAAUUUCAACGAUUUGUUAGGGAAAGUUGCCGAAGAACAUAAAAAUAAUAGAAUUAUGGAUUGGCCUCGAGCUCUGGUGAUUAUUGAGCGGUUUGGUCGUAUGGCUAGAAUGAACCUUCGUGAACUGCAGUUACUUCUGGAUAUUAAUGAGACCAGCUCACCGUUGGAUUCCAAGAGUAAAAGAGAUACUUCACGGAAGAUUGAUCAGUUGUUGGAUGGUUUGCAACAAGUUCUGAAUGUGCGGUCUGAUCUAAACAUAAUUGAUCGAGAACGUUUCGACGUCCACAUUGAACCAAUCCGAAUUCAAAUUCAGGGGGUUAUCAAUGCGCUGAAUAGGAUUGCUACUAUUGAAACAUCAGAAAAGAAGAAUAUUUAUGAUGAUUUGUAUGAAAAAUCUUUGUUGGAAAAAAGAACAGAGGGAGAUGGACUGCAGGAAGAGAAACAAAAAAGGAUAAAUCCAUUGUUUUUGCAAACAAAAGAAGCUAAGAUGAAUGCUGUAGAAAUUAAGAAAUUGGCCUGUGAUAUCGAAGAUUUGAAUGAAAUGAUGAUACAACUUGCUCAGCUUGUUCAUACACAACAUGAAGUCGUUGAUAGUAUUGAGGAACACGUCGAAAAAGCUCAGGCAGACGUCCAUAGAGCUCACAAAAACUUGAAAAAAACUCAAGCUGCACAAACAGCAAAAUAUCCGAUGAUAGCAGCCACUGUUGGUAGUAUUGCAGUGGGUGGCCCUGUGGGGUUCGUCGCGGGUUCAGCGGUAGCCGGUAUUUUCGCCGCUUUUGGGGGUGCCAUUGCUGGUUAG